CAAGUCAUUUGGCCUUGAAAUACUCUAUUCUGAUCUUUGUCAGGCUUCAACUUCGGAUCUUAAGCCCCCUUUAAAAAUUAGAGAUCUACUUAGUGUGGCUGACACUCUUCCGAAAAAACAAUUAACACCCACAAUCAGUUUCCAAAAUGUUGAGUGACAGUAGUAACCUUGAGCUGCAGCCUCAGAAAGGUCUCCAAAUCAAGCAAGAUGACAAGUUCUUCUCCAGGCUGAUGUCGAAGGAAACUUCCAUGGCUAAUUCUUCUUGCAGGGUCUAUUAUGGAGGAGCUUCGAGUGCUGUUCCAUUCAUGUGGGAGUCACAGCCUGGAACACCCAAACAUCCUUCUUGUGACACUACUCUCCCUCCUCUAACUCCCCCUCCUUCAUAUCAUUCCUCAUUCAAGUCAAAAUCCAAGAAGAAAAAGAGCAUGAAACCAACCCUUUGGAGCUCCAUCUUUCCCAGGCUAAUUACUCCCAGGAAAAACCAUGCUUCUCCAUCUUCGUCAUGGUCUUUUACAUCAUCUUCAUCGUCUUUAUCGUCACGGUCAUCAUUGUAUGGUUCUUGUUCUUCCCUAUCAGCUAAUUCUUCCUUGAAUCGAAAGUUAUUUCAGAGCCGAAGGAGCUAUUUUUCAUGUUCAAGAUCACCUGUUCAUAACUACAUGGUUGAUGAUGAUGAGGAAGGCCUGGGAUCACCGACUUCGACACUGUGUUUUGGAGUUAAACGAAGGAAUCUGAAUGAGUUUAGAGGAUGUCAGUCAAUGAUAAACAUGAAGAAGACAUUGCUAUCAAUUGUUAGCCAUGGCUCAGGCCAUCAAGAGAGAUGCAAUUCCUUCUAGUGUUUGCCUCCACUGCAGACAUGGUUGUUGUGUUUGGGCUAUCAAAUUUUCAUUAUUGAACAAUUUGUUCAACUCGUCAUAAUCCAAUUAAUGCAUGCUAUUGUGAAAAACAAAAAGAAAAAUUUAGUAUCUAUAAGAAGUACUUAUGAUGUUUAUGUAACUUUUAUAUUAAGUAUUUCAAUGAAAUACCUAUUAAUGCAUUGUAAUAAUAAUAAAAA